AUCUGAAUGGCAGGUUUGUCCACUUCCCGAGCCGUUCCCCGCGUUUGUCAGGGACAAAUGAAACACCCCAUUCAGCCAGGCGAUGGCUGUAGAUCGCGAUUGUAUCAUUGGUCACCUGUCGCAAUCUGCCGGCAACUUGAUAAGCGCCAAGCGUGAAGACGGGGCAAGAUGCCAGAUGCAUUACUGUGUUCCCAUUUACUGUACCGCCCAGCUACGCAGGCUUCGGAUGGCACACGCUGGGUCAGCCGGCUGCUUACUGCUCGUGGUUGUGGAACUCGCUUUUGUGGGAUUACAGACUGGACCACUCGGUCACAGGAUGUUGUCGUGUCGAUGAACGAUUGCUUUCGCCAAGUAUGACAACGGGAGGACAUGGACAUGCAUGGGAGAGGUCGCUCAAUACCAGAUUGCUGCCUUGCCUGGGAGCCGUUUGCCGUUUAUCCAUAAAGGGUUAUGCUCGCUGUCGGUGAGGCCCCAUCUUGCUUAGAGGC